AUGGGAGCUAUUCUCCGCGCAUUCACCGUGCUUUCUCUCGUGUAUGAGUUCUGUUCAGCCCAAUACGCGCCGAUAUCGAGAUGGGGCCAGGCUACAGCCCUUGUCGAGGACAUAAUUUUCGUGAUUGGCGGCAGGACAGAUCUGUACAAUUCGUAUUCAUACACGUCCGCACCCGUCAACAACGAUGUACUCUCAUUAUUCCUGUCGUCAUCAUUCAACAUCUCGUCACCGCCAUGGGACUAUGUUGCCGGUUGCUCAAACUGUUCCUCAUCCCAGGCUCCCGCGGUGGUUUGGCACACUCUAUCCGCGGUUAAUACGUCCACGCUUCUGCUCUUCGGCGGAGACCUUGGUACGACUGCACCUGUUCCGGAGAGUGCAGAUUCUGCUGCGCUGGUAGGCAUCAGCAGUGCUCAGACUCCAGUGUGGUAUCUCGAGGCAGAUUCCUGGGCCGACGAACCGAUGCGUCGAAUGUAUCAUUCUUCUUCUUCCAGCGGCGGAAAAAUCUACAUCGUUGGUGGGCUGAAGACGGAUGGGUCUAACAAUGCGUACUCCGACCACUAUGUUUUCGACCCUAAGACACCGUCAUUUACUCAGCUGCCCUCCACGAACGGACCCCCUGACAUCUAUGGCCACGCGUCGAUCGUCCUCUCGAACGGAUGGCUCAUUGUUUUUGGAGGAUACUGUCAGUCAGAGAACACCCUCUUGCCUUUCACCACAGUUUGGGCGAUGGAUACCACACAGUCUACACUCGGCUGGGCUACGUUGUCAGUGUCUAAUGCAAGUGUACCCUCUCCUCGGCGGGGAUUCGCCGCCACUCUUCUGGAAGGAGGGCAGGUCGUUAUUCAUGGCGGAGCCGACGCAGAAAUGCAGACGACACUCAGCGACGGGUGGGUUCUCGACACGACCAGAAGCCCGAUGGUGUGGUCUUCUAUCGACACGUUAUCUCAGCUUGGACCGCGGCGGGAUCAUUUCGCCGUUGGACUAGGUUCUCAGGUUCUGUUUGGGUUCGGGUAUGCCAAUAAUGGUGCUGCCCCUGCCGCGCUUGAGUUGUUCGACCUUCCGUCGGCAUCAUUUGUCUCGACCUAUACGCCUUCUUCCUCUGUGACCAACCCCACGUCACAUACGAUCCCAGGGCCUAGUCCCAGCAGAACAGGUCAGGCCUCAAGUCCAACUGGAUCGUCAGAUCCUCAGCACUCAGGUUCGGGUAGCGGGUCUGGUGGCGCGUCCGGUACAGCAGGUGACGAUCCUCCAAGUUCAACCGGUGGGGCGAACAGUGGUGGCUCAGGAAGCGGUGGAGGAAGCAGCGGUAACGGUAGCAGCAGCGGCAAGCCAUCUGCGCACAGUAGUCAUGCCUCGACCAUCGCGCUAAGCACUGUCUUCGGAGUCCUGGGACUUAUCGCGGGUACCACUGCGGUUACAUGGUACGUCCGGCGGCAGCUUGCACAGGACCGCUUCCAUGCUCUGAGAGGCUCCGACAACGAAAGCAGUCCCGAUGUACUUGUCGCAGGCCGCGAGAAGGCCUUGCCUCAUGUUGUUCAGAACGUGAAGAGUAAGCUUGGAGCUCUCGUUCCCGGCCGCCCCUUGCCACAGCAAGAGCGGCGUGAUAUGCUGGCCGACGAGGAUGCAGUACCGUGGUACAACGUGCGCAGAGACACAAGCAGUGGGCAGUCUUCAAGCAGUUCAGGCGCUCCCCACAGGCAUCACGGUAUCGGGGACUCCCUAAGCGAGUCGUUGGCUUCGCUGCGGUCCGUUGGGGGCACGAUGCUAGCGUAUGCUACUGGAUCGCGCGGCUUGAAGUCGAGAGAAGCUAGUGCAGGAUCUCGGUCGACAGCAUGGUGGGAGGAGAAUUCCUAUACUCCUGUCGCAGACGACGUGGGUUUGAUCAAUGGUGCACCCGUCGGACGAGCCGCAAGACCGCGAGGUGGGCGACAGGCAUCUGAAGCGACAAUAGGAACAUCGUACUCGCAUUACGAGAAUCCAUUUGCCGAUUACGACGUCGAGGAAACCAAAGCGGGCGGAGAUAUAGAUUUGGACAUUGCGGACCACGGAUUUCCGUCUCUCUCAGACCCCCCUCCACCGCCGCUUGCCAACAUCAAAGUCCCACCCACUCCUGUGAACGUGACUCGUCUCUCCCCGCUCUCGGAACAUCCUUCUGUUGCCACAAUUUCCAAUCCUGUGACAACAUCUGACUCGUCUCUCCUCACUGCAUUCAAUGCAGGGCCGAGUUCUACUGAUCAUUCUAGCGGCUCGGCUGAGACUUCCCGUUCCCUGCGUCCUCGACCCUCUUCUAUCCUCGAUGCAAACCCCUCCCCCACGCAGCCGAUGCGCCGCUCAGACAGCUGGUGGACCCGCUUUGCGAAAACACCUCUUCUGGAUCGGCGCUUGAGUGUGGGCAGCAGGAGAGACUCUCCGCGACCGCUCGACUUUCGAGACCCGAACCCGCCACCACGGCUCAUCCCCAUCGAAGAGUCGACGCACACGUACCCCGACUCCCCACCCUCACGGCAGGAGAGUGGCCACGUUCGUGCACGGCUGUACUCGAACACGCAGCACGGGCGCUCCGCGUCGUCCCUGCAGACGUCGAAGACCGCGGACUCGGAGAUGAUUGAGAAAAUGGGGCGCACGAUGGACAUCGCGAUGAACAGCACGCUCACGUCGCAUGCGAGCGGCUCCGGCACCGACUCGCAGAGCUACAGCGACGCGGAUGCCCCUCAGCGCCAGCUGAGCCUCUCGCAGUCUGCUAUGUUCCCUGCCAGCGGCGACGACGAAGUGCUGAAUCCCGUGCAGUCGCCCAUGGAAACGACGGAAGCUGAGGCAUCCCAGUCGAGGCUGCCCGCCCUUCCAGGUCACCCUCAGGUAAGCCCCCCGAAGCGCCUCGCAGCAGGAGGGAACGUUGCUGCGCGUGUGGAGGCUUUUGAGCGGCGCAUGUCGCAGCAGGAGGAUACUGCGCCCUUACGCAUCCGGAAGGACCGUCCGAGCACGUAUGGCGUGGUCCCAAAGCCCUCGCUGUUCGUCGCAAAUCCUGAUCAAAGAAGGUCCGACUCCACAUAG